GUCCACGCGCGGCCCACCUCAUCAUGGUUCCCUUCUCCGUUCUCCCACCUCUCGAUCGAGGAACCAAGGCUCCAGCGCUCUGCGGUGACCGCCGCCGCCGCAACCCUGCCGGCCCCGAAACCUGGUGCGGAUCCUAACGGCGAGCUGGUGCUCGAGCGCCCGCCGCGGCUGCCGAGGGUUUCAGACGAGGCGAGGCGAGGGCGGAGCGGGGGCGAGGGAGCGCGAUGGCGUCGCUGGGACGGCUCAAGUCCGCCAUCUUCGAUAGGGAGGAGAGGAAGAUGCAGUACCAGUCGCAUAUCCGGGGGCUCAAUGCGUACGAUCGCCAUAAGAAGUUCAUGAAGGACUAUGUUCAGUUUUAUGGCCAUGAGAAAAAUAGGGAUAACAGUUUACCCAUCAAAACUGAUAAAGAUACACUGAGAGAAGGAUACAGAUUCAUUCUUUCUGAGGAGGAUGACAUGGAUUCAACUUGGGAGAAGAGGCUGGUCAAACGUUACUAUGACAAGCUUUUUAAAGAGUAUUGCAUAGCUGACAUGACCCAGUACAAAAAAGGAAAGAUUGGAUUGAGGUGGAGAACAGAAAACGAAGUGAUAUCUGGCAAAGGGCAAUUUGUCUGUGGCAAUAGGCAUUGUGAUGAAAAACAAGGGCUAGGUAGUUAUGAGGUGAAUUUUUCUUAUGUUGAAGCAGGGGAGCAGAAACAAGCACUAGUGAAGUUGGUAGCUUGCAAAAGAUGUGCAGAAAAGCUUGCUUAUAAAAGGCAAAGGGAUAAAGAGAAAGAGAAGGAAAAAGAAUUUUCUGGUGAAAAGGAAAUCGAAUUAAAAGACAGGGACAAGAGAAAGAGAGAACAUGAGGAAAGUGACGAUACCUCAGAUGAUGAGGCUGAGAAAGAUAGAAGAAAGAAAAAAGAUCGGACGGGAGCUUCUUCAAGGAGUUCAGGAAACAACGAUGAAGGUUUCGAGGAGUUCCUCGAAGGCAUGUUCCCAUGAUCUGAUCAUCUUUAGUGACUAGAAAAAAAAGGCUCUUCCAUGCUCUUUGGAAGGAAAAAAAAACACGGAUCUUGCAACAAAGCCAUUAGUAAUGGAGUAUCGAGUCUUUGCAAAUCCAACCCUUGAUACGCUUUGACUACAAGUCAAUGUAGGCGCGCUGUCUGUAAUUAUGUGCUGUUUCAUUUUCGCAUCACUUUCUGGGUAGUCGGCUGACAUGUAACUGUAACGGGAUUCAACACGAUCAUGGGCCAAAAAGUACUUGAACUGCUGGUUA